AUGUCCAUAAGCAUACCCCAGUUCAAGGCUGCCAUGGCCCGGGUCAGCACCCAGGCGAUGAUCUUGACGGCCGGCUGCAAAACGAAAAACGACAUUCUCCACGGCAUGACCCUUUCGUCCGUUUGUUCACUCUCCGUUCACCCCAAACCGCUUCUUCAGUUCAAUUUGCAUCUUCCCAGCUACACCUCCCAAGCACUCCAUGAAAACCACGGCCAAUUGUGCCUCCACUUGAUGCCUCCAACGAGCCGGUCUGUGUUUCUCAGCCGAACCUUCGCUGCCGGGAUCAAGACCGAUAGAAAGCACUUCGACGUCAAACCCGAAGAUGGUGAAAUCUUCCAUGAAAUGACCACGCCUUUUGCACACAUAGGCAAAAGCAACUACAGCUUACACGACACCGGCCGGGGGUUGGUGCCCGUGUUGAACGAAGCAGAAAAGGCGUUUGUGUGUAAGAAACAUGAGGUGUUCAAGGUGGACUCCCAUGAGAUCUGGGUUGUGGAUGUUACGGACAUUUUAUCGCCAAACAAGCAUUACGAGGCCAAGCAGCUGGGCGGCUUGCUCUACUACCAGCGGGGUUUCCAUAAGGUCGGUUCGAGUCUUCAGGAGAGGUAG